UUUGAUUAGUUGUUACUAUUUCAUUAUUAGUCGGCACUGUCAAGUUUGAAAUUCUUAGUAAUUGACCAAUCGUAUUAAAUUAGCUGGCAUUUGGGUCACUUUUGAAACACUCCUUUCAAGGAGCUCACCACCUAUGUUUAGAGGCUUUUUGUAGCGCAUAUUUUACUAUCAAUUUCCCUUUGCUGAAGAAAUUAUCAGUCGUUCGACUGCAACAGCAACGAGUUGCUGGUAGAGAAUUGAGGCGAACGGCAACAUCAAUGCUGGUUUCGAAUGUUAGUUCGAUUUGUUCGUCGUACCUGUUGGAUGUGUUGUUCGGUGCGCUGCUUUUUAGUUUGCAUUUCUUGCUGGAACCGGUGCUUCAUUGAACAGCUAUUUACAUAUUUAUGCAUGUGCUCGUAUAUAUGUACAUAUAAAUAUUUUGUGUUUUUUCUGAAAUGUGAAUUGUAGGGUAUAGUUUAAAUUAGACUUUCCUGAGUCUAAUGUCUAUUGAAAAACAUAAAUAUACAUGCGUAUAUGUUUGCAAAAAAGUGGCCAAACAGCACUGCAUAUUUUUUACACUAUUUGCCAAACGAUUGACAGCAGCAAACAGGUGGAGUUGGUGGUGGAAACCGGCUAACAAACCGCUUGCGGAAAAGGUGUACAAAAGAAAGUCAAGUGCGUUUUAAAGUCUCGGUAGCGCGUGAGAUCUUCACUGUUGUCAUCGUAGACGCCAUCGUCUGAGCCUAUAGUUAAGUUGUAAUCCGAGGCACUAGUAGUGAUGUUGUGAAACUUCAUAUGGAUUAUACAUACAUACAUACUUACAUAUGUGCACAUAGUCCGGUCGUCGUCUAACGUGUUUGCCGAUGUGUUGUUUUAUUUUUAAUUUUAUUUUCGCAAAGAUAAAACUAUUGCAAAUAUUGCAAUGUUUUUCUACGAAAUGUACUCGAUUUUUAUUCAAAAUAAAUUAUAUUAAGAGAAGUUGUAACAUGAAAUAUUGCUGGUCUUAAGAAAAUUAUUCAAAUUUCACGCAAAAAUUUGCAAUUAUGCAAUUUGCCUAUAUUAAAGAUAAUCGUGGUAGUGAAGUGAAAAAGUUCGUUUAAAAAAUCUAAAAAAUAUAUUAGUGCAUAUACAUACAACUAUGACGAUAGCAAAAAAAUUGUGCAUUUUGCUAAAGUAAAUUUGCUGCAACAGGUGUACGUAUGUAUCCACGUAAUUCCGUAUGUAAGCGUUGGAUAUUGCCGGCAUAAAUAGAAUAUUCUCUGCCUCGAAAUGGUGUAUAAGAAAAUUGCAAAUUAAGAUAGUAGUGUUCGUAUUUAAAAUCGCGUGUGAAAUCGUGAAGCAAACAAACGCACGAAGCUGCUUGCAAACGUCAAACUGUGAAAACAAGCAAACGCUUAAAAUGUUCGCAAUUUUCUACUACAGUUAACGUAAUGUAAUUAAACAGAUUAGAAAGAAAUCUCAUUAAAGCAUAUUAGAAUAAAAUAAUUGCAAAACAAUAGCAACAACAAACAGCUAAAAUAACGUCAGCAAUAGAACAACAACGAACUGCAACCGACAAAAACGCGUAGAAAAAUGCCGACAUUGGCGGCAAAAAAUUCACAAGUCGCAAUUGCUAACAUGGCAACAGCAGCCACAACAACACCAACAACAGUAGUGGCAAUAAAUUCCGGUGGCAGCGAGCAGUGCGACGCUGAUGUUAGUGCCGCAAGAGUAGCAACGCCGACAACCGACACACAAAACACCGGUGCCGCGUUGAACCAUCAUUAUCAUCAUCCGCCGGCGCCGCAUGGAGGCUCGCAUGCCGUUGGCAAUGCCUUGUCGCCGAUGAUAGCAACUGCAACAACAACAACUGCAGUCUCUGCGACCGGGGCAACUACCGGCACCGUUGCAGCCAGUUUAGCCACAUUUAACGGAAAUUCAAAUUUAAAUGUUGCCAACGGAAACAUCGCCGGCAAUAACAAUCACAACAACAGCCACAACCACAAUCACAGUCACAGUACGCACACAGGUGUUGUGGUAAGCAAAAAGCCCUUGACAAAUAUGCAAACAUCCCGUGAGGAUGUUGCAUCACCACAACCACAAACACAGUUACCACCACCGCCGUUAACACAAAUAGGCAAUGCCAUGCCGCCAACAUCAGCGUCCAUCAUCCACCAUCAGCAGUUGUCCGCCACUAGCAGUCAGAGCAAUCACAAUCAUAACAACAAUAAUAAUUGCAAUAUCAACGGUGGCAAUGGCAGCAAUAAUAAUAAUAAUAAUAGCAAUGGUAACGGUAACGGCAGCACAAACAUCAGCAGCAUUCUCAAAGGAAGUAAAG